CAAAGCCACCAUGUAUGGAGCUUACCUUGUUUUCAAAGAACAAGAAAUGGGAUCCUUUGGUUUUGAGUCUCUGCCUUUGGAGGUGAGCUUUCGUUCUACAAGAACUCCGGUUUAUAAUGAUAGAAGAGUGUUUCUUAAGCAAGGAACGCAAUGGUGUAGAGAAGAUGGGUGCUUGGAGAUUGAACUUGGUGAAUAUUAUGUUGGUUCCGAUGAUGAGGAGCUUAAAAUGAGCGUCUUGGAGACAAGAGAAGGCGGUUGGAAAGGCGGAAUCAUCGUGCAAAGGAUCGAGAUUAGGCCAAAAGAAGUGUUGUGAUUAGGUAACUCCUUUCCCAAGUGAUUUCUAGUUUUUUGUGUAAUAUAGAAAAUAGGAAUUAAGUCUAUGCAAUGUAUGGACAUCUGCAUUCGCUUUCUCAUAUCAUUGUAACAAUCAUGCAUAGAUGAUGCAUGAUAUUGGAAUGUGUAUAUUGUUGCCUAGAGUGUUGAUCUUGAACUUUUAUUUGACCAUUUGUAUUUUCCAAAGUGUUUUCUUAUUGGUUCAAUAAUUUUAGUUAACAUAC